CAACCCGGCCCUGGAGUAUAACUAGUUAUUAAAUGAAACCUAGGAAACAGUGUAGCCUACAGGUACAACAAGCUUUUGCAAUGUAAACUGAUCUUAUGUUUAUCAUAAUUGCCUUCAUUCCAAAGGCAUUGUAUUAAUAAUUAAACAACACUUUGCUGAUUAGAUCAGAUAAUUGUUUUGACAUCUCAAAUGAACUUUACGAGUUCCAGUUACAGAAUAAAGUCUACCAACCACAAAUGUUUAAUCACCAGUAAAAUCCUUUACAUGAUUCAAAUGUUGUUUGCAGAGGGCCAAUGACAAGAUUGACAAGAACAAUAUAAAUUCAAUCACAUCAUGUCAAGCAACUGUUCCUAAGGAUGCUGAAGUUUACAAUGAAGAUGAAAGCUUUUAUCAAGCUUUGCUAGAUUGUUGUUUGUCUUCUUCAAAUCUUUUAGAACUGAAAAAUAACAGGAUGGAACAAUUACAUUACUUUUACCAAGAAUUUGCAUUUUUGAGAAGUGCUCCUCAUGUUGAAGCAAUGUACACUUGUAUGCGAGCUUUUGAGGAAGGUGACUGUCAACUGCUUGGCAAAAUUGAUCAUGUGCUGUUGAACAAGAAAAAAUACAUUGAGGUGUGGUUGCAAGAUAGUGCAUAUUUUCAUGCUGGUUUGCUGGAGUCUUCUGUUUUACCUGAUCACAUCCAAGGAAAACCUGGUGAUGAAUUGUCUUCUUCAAACAGCACAGACAGCAGUAGUGGAAAGGAGGACUUUCAGAGGCUUUCACUGUAUGGUUCACUAGAGGACAGUCAGAUUGAAAUGACUGAUUAUUCAGAUUACCACCCUGCUGUUCUUUUACAGGAAAACAUUGAACUGUAUCCCUCUGAGUCUGGUCAGAACUUUUCUUAUAUUUUACCAAGGAAUGGUGAUCUUGAUCCUAGCAGUGAAAUUAAAAGGAAAAGUACAUCUCAGAAAGAAAAUACAGUUGGAGAAGGAAACAACUUGACUUUGCCCUCGCAAAGAUUAAACUCUUUUGGACCAUCAAAAAUAGGACAGAAUGUGAGAGCAACUUUGGCAUAUGCAGCCUUGUCUGCUGUAACAGAGGGUGAAGAGACAGCUACAUGUCCAGGUGAAUGGUUUGAUGGUCAUGAUGAAGACCAAUUUCAUAAACCCAGAAGAGCUAGCACUGGUAGUCUCAAUGAGAAUUUGGUCUGCCCAACAAGUGAAGCAAUUUCAAACAAUGGGUCGCUAGAAACAUCCAUUCUUCCGUAUGUUAAAACAAGAUCUUGUGACAAAUAUGUUAGCAGCAGUUCUGAGUCUGUUACAGACCACCAAAUGAGAAAAGCUUUGGGACACACCAGGUCAAAAUCAGAUCAAAGAGGUGUUCCAAAAUUUCAUAAGCAUAAGUCUGUCAUUGAAGUGCCAAAGUACCAUGAAAGUGAGAAUCAGGAUUCUUUCAGCAGUGUUUGCAGAAUGUCAUCUUCACUACCUACUACCUCAGAGUCAUUGUACUGCAAUGAUCCAUAUUUGGAGGAUCCAUAUCAGGAACAAUCCUUAGCAACAAUUUUGGCAUCACAGGACUUUAGCUCAUGUGAAUUAGAUAAGGUAUUUACCAAUAGUGCUAAAAUCAAUGAUUAAGUUACUUAGGUACAUACUGUACUUGGCCUUGAAUUAGUAAUGAAAAAGUAUGUAAAAAGACAAAUUAUGGAUGCUAUAUCAGUCAUUCCUUAUUACCAGUAAAUUUAGAAAUAAUGUUCCUCGUUGUUUCCCAUAACAUUUUAUAGGAAAUCAAACCUGAUUGUAUGCACUUCCAUUAUUACAUUAUAAAAGGAAAUAAUAAUGAACCUGCUUUAUGAAGAAGAAAAAGAAAAUGAGAACAAAAAUACCUACAACAGUAGUUUGUUGUCAGAGCUUUGGUUGAUUUAUUUGAAUUGUUGUUCACCUAAACCUUAAACAUCAAUGCCAUACGUGUGGUUUUCCGUUGGCUGAGGAACGAAAGAAGCGGAAAACAUUUUUCUCACACACGGCUGGGAGUCUGGGUACAGGUGUGCGGGGGGUUUCAGGUUACGUGGCUUGUGUAAGGUUUCAGUUUUUGUUUCGCCAUCUGCCACUGCCUGACAUGCCCCACCC